AAUCUUACUGAGAUUGCUUCUGGAGCAUCCGCCUUUGUUUAUUAUGGUCGGAAAAAUGCAUCAAAAUUCGCAAUUAAAAAAUUCAAAAAUCCCAAGGAAGAAGCUAUUAUUAAGGAGAUUCAUUUAAUGGGAAUAGUUAAUCCUCAUCCAAAUAUAAUUACGUUUUAUGGAGUUACGAAACUUGGUGAAACAAAUUACUCGCUUGUUCUCGAAUAUGCGGACAAAACAUUAAGAGAUUAUCUAAGAGACGAUACUAUACCUUUUAAAUGGGAAAGCCAAUUAAAUUUCGCCAGAGAAAUUGCAAAUGCGAUUUCAUGGUUACAUGUUGAUAAAGAAAUCAUACACGGAGACCUUCAUCCCAAUAAUAUCUUAAUAAAUGAUGGUAAAAUAAAGGUAGCAGAUUUUGGCCGCUCAUGUCAAAAAAAAGAAUCAGUUAGUCAUACUAAAGCAUAUGGUGUAAUACCCUAUAUGGAUCCCAAAUUUUUUGAGCAGAGCCCAAGUUCAUCUGAAAAUCAAAAAUAUGGUUUGACCGAAAAGUCAGAUAUAUAUAGCUUAGGGGUAUUAUUCUGGGAAUUAAUAAGUCGUUCAUCACCUUUCAAUUUCGAAAAAAAAGGAUUUGACCGUGAUUCUAUUAAAUUGAUGAUUCUUAAUCGUGUUAGAGAAAAUCCUAUUCCAAAAACAAAUGAUAAAUUCGUUUCACUUUAUAAAAAAAGUAAAAUAACACAAGAUAAAGAUUCUGACUUGAACAUUACGACAUAUAGUAAAUAGACUAUUCCAUUU